UGUAGCACGCGCGCGCGGCGAGUCGCUCAAAGAAAAAUCGAGAAAACUGAGGUGAAGUUUCAAGCGAAUCUGGCCUUGUCAACAAAGAGAAGCCACUCCAACGCCAGGAGCCUGUCACCAUCUAUACGCUUCACUGGUAUACAGAGACACCACUGCUCGCUAUCAAACGUCGGCCCUUGGAGAGAAAAAUUCACCGACCCAACUGAUCCAAAAAACUAUUUCAAACAUCAGCCCAGUGACCUGCUACUUGUAAGACCAAUUCUUCUUUCGCGAGUUGCAAGCUUCAUCGCAUUCCAAAAGACUGGCUUUCUAGAUUGACGACCAAGUCGAGGCACCCUAUCCAUCCAAGUGCCGUCCUUAGAUCAUUUGUGUGAAUCAUGUCGGACAAAGAGAAUACACCUGAGUUGUUCAUCGACUCCGCAGACAAAACCGCCGAGGCGUUGGCCACAUUCAUACCCAUAGCCGAAUGCGUGUAUCACGGAAAGCAUUUGGGCCGCUCCGGCCAAAAAGAAACAAUGACAUGCGACUGUCCUGAGCAUUGGGACGAGGCGUCUGCCAGCAACCUAGCGUGUGGCGAAGACAGCAACUGUAUCAACAGAGUCACUUCUGUCGAGUGCACAAACAAGGGCUGUCUCUGCGGCAAGGACUGCCAGAACCAGCGGUUCCAAAAACAGCAGUAUUGUGACGUGAAGGUCAUCCAGACCGAGAAAAAAGGGUACGGGCUUGUGGCCAACGAGCGGAUCCCAGAACAGCUGUUCAUAUACGAGUAUGUGGGAGAGGUCAUUGGCGAGGACAGCUUCCGCCAGCGCAUGGUGGACUACGACACGCGCCAGAUCCGGCACUUCUACUUCAUGAUGCUCACCAAAGACGCGUUCAUUGACGCCACGGAAAAGGGCUGUUUGGCCCGGUUCUGCAACCACUCGUGCCUGCCCAACUCGUACGUGGACAAGUGGGUCGUGGGCGACAAGUUGCGCAUGGGCAUCUUCUCCAAGCGCGCCAUAGAGAAGGGCGAGGAGAUCACCUUCGACUACAACGUCGACCGGUACGGUGCACAGCUGCAGCCCUGCUAUUGUGGCUCUGCCAGCUGUAUUGGGUGGAUGGGCGGCAAGACGCAGACGGACGCUGCGCUCUUGCUCCCGGACGGCUUGUCCGAGGCGCUAGGCGUGACGAAACAGCAGGAACGAGCCUGGUUGAAGGUGAACAAAAAGGUCCGCAACGCCCAGGACCCCGACGCCGGGGUCAACGAGGAGUUUGUCAAGUCCGUGGAGGUUGCGUCGUUGACCGACGGCGACGUUGCACGUGCCAUGAGCGCAUUGAUGAAAGCAGAGGAGCCCAGCAUUGUGGAGAAGCUUGUGGAGCGCGUGUACUUGACAGAGGAGCCCAGGAUCAACUCGUUGAUCGUCAAGUUUCACGGCUACAAGACAUUGUCGCGCGUGCUCAAGGAGAACGCGUCCAAGGAAGACAUGGUUGUGCGGAUAUUGCUGACGUUGAAGCGGUGGCCGUCCAUGACCAGAAACAAGAUCGAGCUGUCGCAAAUCGAGGACGUCGUGAAGGAGAUUGUGGACACGCUGCUGAACGCGGAGAUCCACAGUUUGGCGCAGGACUUGCUUGCCGAGUGGAGCCAAUUGCAAAUGGCGUACCGUAUCCCCAAGAACAACGAGAAUGCGGCCAGAGCUGACGACAAGACCUCCAUGUCGCCGGACUACGGCCGCAACCCGCGGUCCGAGCUGCCUGGCAACGCUGCUGGCUGGGACGCCGAAAAACAGGACGCCGAGCCGCUUCCUCCGGGCUGGCAGAAAGCGCUUGAUACAAACACAAACACUUACUACUACUACCACAAAGGCAUGGGCAUCUCCAAGUGGGAGCACCCUGCGUCCGCCGUGCCAAAGGGGCCCAAGCUGGGUGCCAAGAAGGAGAGCACCCCCCAGAAAGAGAAAGCGCCGGUGGGCAAGGAGAAACCGCCGCGCCACGCAAAGAAAUUCGACGACAGCAAUCCGCACAAGAUCCACGAGGACUACCUACGGAAGGAGAAGGAAGACCAGUUCAACGGGGUCCUUGAGAAGGAAAAGCUUCUCCAGGAGCUCAUCUUGAAAUCGCAGCAGGAGGCCGCGGAGAAAAAGCGUCUUGAGGAGCAGGCUAAGCAAGACCGCAUAGCCAAAAUCAAGGAGCGGCAGCGGCGGCGCGAGGCGGCGGCCGUGGCCAGCGCCUCCAUGAAGGAGAAAAACUUUUCCGUCUCGCAGUCUCUCUGGACAAACACGCUCGCUCGCUACGUGCCCAACUUGAUCAAGAAACAUGAGGGGAGCAUCGGCCACGAGAACAUCAAGGGCUGUGCGCGCGAGUUGGUGAAGGUGUUGGCAGCGAAGGAGUUGAAGAAAGACCCCAAGAGCUCUCCUCCCAAGGAGUUGGACGGGGCCAAAAUCAAAAAGCUCCGGGAGUUCUGCGACGUCUGGAUGGACAAGUUCUUGGUGAAGUUCCAUACAAAGCGAGCCAGGACGAACGGCUCCGGGAAAACAGCGCCUUGAGGGCUGCCUGCAGCGGCCCCGUGCCUGGUGCUUGCAACCGGCAGAGGCCCCAGCGGCCGCCGGACACCUCAACAUAA